AUGUCGUCAAAGCAGGAAAGAUCCGACAAUAUCCAUAUUGAGCAGGCGGCCCCUUUGCAGAAUCCUCUUCACGACGAUAUCGAGGAAGCAAAGGCGAUUUCGAUCUACGAGGAAAAUGCGGUCGGAUACAGGGAAUAUCGAGAAGGAUUGCACCUUGAGUUCACUGCAAAGGAGGAAACCAAAACCAGAUGGAAGAUUGAUUUCGUUGUACUCCCUAUCUUCCUCGUCACACAAGCGUUGCAGUUCAUGGACAAGACGGCCUUGAAUUAUGCGAACCUACUCGGAUACCAGGAGACCCUGAACUUGAAAGGUCAACAGUUUAAUUACCUUUCAGCAAUGGUGUAUGCUGGCUACUUCUUUGGUCAAUACCCAUGUGGAUGGCUCGUUGGAAGAUUCCCUGCUCAACGUGUAUUGGGAGUGAGUUGCAUGAUGUGGGGUUUGAUGGUUAUUAUCAUGACCCAAUGCCAUACAUUCCCCAGUGCUUUGGGUGUUCGUUUCAUAAUGGGUAUCUUUGAAGCCGCUGUCACACCUGGCUUGACCCUCAUGACCGGAUUCUGGUAUACACGACAGGAAAUCCCUCUUCGCCAGUCACGCUGGGAGCUGUUGUUCUAUAUUCUCGGAGGCGCCACUUGUCUCUGGGCGUUUGUGAUCUUCUUCGUUCUGCCUGAUUCGCCUUCAAGUGCCUUCUUCUUGACCAAAUCUGAGCGCAUCAUUGCGGUCAAGCGUGUCGCCGGUAACGAAACUGGUAUCAAAAACAAGGCAUUUGACACGAAGCAGGGAAUGGUCGCGUUUAAGGAUCCAAAGGCCAUCCUACUCUUUAUCUCCGUGUUUGCUGCUGCCAUUCCCAACGGUGUUGUCAACUCUUUCUCGACGAUCAUUAUCAAGGACAUGGGCUUCUCCCAAACGAUGACUACAGAGUUGAAAUCCGUUGGUGAUGCAGUUGUUAUCGUUGCGUUGAUUAUCGGUGGCACUAUCACAUUGAACGUACCCAAUUCCCGACUGCUCACCUCGACUGCUGCCAAUAUCCUUUGCACCGUUGCUGCCGCCUGUAUGGCUUAUCUUCCCAGAGAGCAGAAAUGGCAGAGACUGGUUUGCUUUUGGCUGGUAAAUGCGCAAUCUGUCGGCUUCACGGUCUCAUUGGUGACCAUUUCCUCCAAUAUGGCUGGUUAUACCCACCGGGCUAUGGCUAACGCUCUCGUGUUUACUGCCUAUUGCUGGGGUAACUUUGCGGGGCCCUUUGUGGUGAAGCCAUCGCAGGCCCCUCGCUACGAGGGCGCCACGAUUGGUCUGCUAGUAGGCUACGCAAUCAAGGCAGCAUGCCAUCUUCUAUUGCUUGGCUACAUGUUUAUCGUCAAUCGCCGUCGUGACUCACGCUACGGUCCGGCUGACAAGGCUAGAAGUAAUGAAGCCGGGAUGCAGGACCGGACUGAAUUUGAGAACAAAGAUUUCAGAUACGUGCUCUAG